AAAUGGGGCAAAAGGCCACAUUUUGCAACUCAAUUUUUUAGGCUAAAAAGUUAGAAAAUUACUAAAAAAAUUAAAAAAUCAAUAGCUUAUAUCAAAAGUCAAAAAAUUAUUUCUCUUUACUUUUUGAAUAUCUUUAUAUAAAAAGUAAAAAAAUUAUCUCAAACAUACUUAUUUUUUCAUUUUAUAUUUUAAUUAAAAAAUUUAAAAAUUAAUAAAAUAACAUAUUCCAAACGAGACCUACAUAGCAAGGCUGGAUACAUAAGACUAAGUUCAGUAUCAGCGUUGCAAUGAACGUUUUUCUCCGACAAAACAUAACUCCUGCAAUCUAAUCUAAUCUAAUAAUCUUCCAAAAACAAAUAAACCACGUGGAUGACUUUCUAGGAAACUGACUUAUUGACAUGAUUUGCCACCAAACUUUCAUAUCUUGCUGACCACGAAAGCAUAAUCACAGGAAGAAUUCUAUCAGCAAUCGCCAUAUUUGACUUUCUGCAACUCAAAGCUCAAUAUAUAUUUAUAUCAUUUCUCACUCUAAGCAAUCAAACUAACAAAUACUAAAAUAUUUUCCUGAAAAUGUCACAUUCCAACCACCAAAGAUCAGCAGCUCCUCACGUAGCUCUCCUUCCCGGCUCCGGCAUGGGUCACCUAACACCCUUUCUCCGAUUCGCAGUUUCUCUAACCUCCCGCAACAUCCGAGUCACCAUCAUCACUCCUCACUCAACUGUCUCCCUCGCUGAGUCCCAAACUCUCUCUCACUUCUUCUCUACAUUCCCUUCAAUCACCCAAAAGCAACUUCGUCUCCUCCCAGUGAACGAGGCUUCUGUCACUUUAGAAGACCCUUUCUAUGCCCAAUACGAAGCCAUUCGCCGCUCCUCCCACCUCCUCCCACCGCUUCUCUCCUUGUUAUCUCCACCUCUCUCUGCUCUUGUCACCGACAUGAGCUUGGCCUCUACAGUUAUCCCCGUGACUCAAGCUCUUAGCCUCCCUAACUACAUUUUGUUCACAUCAUCUGCUAAAAUGUUGACACUCUUCGUGUCCUUCCACAGCAUGGUUGACUCACAAGCUACUAAUGAUUCUGAUGAAAUUCAAAUUCCAGGUAUGCGACCUAUACCUAAAUCAUGGGUUCCCCCAUCGCUACUGUCAGACACUUACAAUCUCCUAAAAACCCAGAUCGUCGAGAAUGGAAAGAAAAUGAUAGAAUCGGAUGGGAUUCUGAUCAAUACAUUUCAAAGUAUCGAGCAUGAGUCCUUGGAAGCACUUAAUGAUGGAAAAGUAGUAAAUGGGCUACCAAGGGUGACUGCCAUUGGACCGUUUCCUUCAUGUGAUUUUGAGAGGAGCCGGCCAUUAGCAUGGCUUGACGAUCAACCAGAAGGGUCAGUUGUGUAUGUUAGUUUUGGGAGCAGGACAGCUAUGUCAAGGGAGCAGAUCAGAGAGUUGGGUGAUGGAUUGGUGAGAAGCGGAUGUGGGUUUCUAUGGUUGGUGAAGGAAAAGAAAGUUGAUUGGGAAGAUGCAGCGGAAUUGGGUGAGGUGGUGGGAGAGGAGUUCAUAGAGAGUGUCAAGGGAAAAGGUUUGGUGGUGAAGGAUUGGCUGAAUCAAGAGGAGAUAAUGGCUCACCAAGCUGUUGGUGGGUUUUUGAGUCAUUGUGGGUGGAACUCAUUGUCUGAGGCUAUGUGGCACGGUGUGCCUGUGUUAGCAUGGCCUCAACACAGGGACCAGAAGAUGAAUGCAUAUGUUGUGGAGAGGAUCGGAUUGGGGAUGUGGGCAAAAGAUUGGGACUGGGGAGGAGGGGAGAUGGUAGUAAAGGGCGACGAGAUAGGGAAGAGAGUUGGGGAGCUGAUGGGAAAUGAAUUGCACAAGGUGCAAGCAAUGCGUAUUAGAGAAGAGGCCAGGAAAGCAGUGGGAGAUGGUGGGAGCUCUAUGAAAGGGUUAAUCGAACUCAUUGAGACCUGGGAGAAGUGAUAAUCCCCACUUUUGUGUUAUACAUAUCAAUGUAGACUAUGAUCAAAAUUGGCAAUAAUGUCAUGUUUCAACAUGAGAAGGGGUUUAUGAACAAAUAGAAUCUCAUACUAAACUACUUACAGAGCUUUGUAAAGUAUCCCUUUUGCACUAAUAAAGAUGCAAUUAGAUGGAAGGCAUUCAAACAAGAAAGUGGAAACAGAUUUGCACGAGGGCAUCAAAGAUGCAAAUAAUAAAAACUGAGGAUUUUGAUUUUU